AUGUUAGCGGCCUAUACUGCAGGCAGCUUGGCUAAACUGCCUCUGGCACAAUUACCACGUCCUGAUCUGAUUUUACUGCUGGGUGCCCGAACAGGAAUGUUCCUUGGUGGUCGAGGUGGCCUCAUCAUUCCGGAGAAAGACUGCAAACUCGUCCAAGUUGAUUGUGACGGCGGUGAAAUCGGACGAUCCCUUUCAGUUGAUCUUGGAAUCGUCUCCGAUAUUAAGGCUUUCGUGUCAGCACUCAAAGAAAAGUUAAGGGCCACGGACACAGCCAAUAUCGACAAAUCUUGGGUCCGAGCUGCGCUUUCUCUUGCCUCGAUGGAAGUACCAUUCGAGAAGGAGCCGGAGAUGACCGAUUCUGGUCUUCUGCAUCCAUAUCACGCCAUCAAAAGUCUGAUGACUGCCCUUGAUCCGGGAAGUAUCAUCGUUUUGGACGGCGGUGAAGCAGGAGUCUGGGCUGCAGAUCUUGCAUCUCUUUCACAACCUCACACUGUAAUGAAAGCCACAGGCUACCUUGGAUUUCUUGGAAAUGGAUUCGGAUAUUCCUUAGGUUGCGCUAUUGCUGCUCCUGAUCGCAAGGUGAUCAAUAUGCAGGGAGACGGGUCUGCUGGCUUUCAUUUGCUGGAACUUGACACAUUUAAGCGAUUCAACUUGGACAUCAUGACUAUCGUGGUUAAUAACUCCAACUGGGGCAUGAGCAUCAACGGACAAGACCUCAUUUAUGGAAGCAAGCAUCAAGCACGACCUGUGAGUCAAUUGAGCUCAGCAACAGAAUACGAUAUUGUAGCAAAGGGCCUUCAGAAUGGUGCUGCAAAAAUUUCGGUGAUGGCCGAUAUUCACAGCACUGUCUCCAAACUUAAAGCACAGUCGGGGCCUACUUGUCUCAAUUUGAUUGUUGAUCGCAAGCCAACUCAUCCUGUAACAACCAUGAUGGUCGGACUCACCGAUAAUCCUGAUUCUGUGGUGGUACCAUACUACGACAAUAUUCCAAGGGCUUACUACAAGCUAUGA